ACUUGACCAACUCAUUUGUUAUGCUCUGACGUUUAGACUGGUCUUGCCUUCCCGAGUCGUAAUAGUAAUUUCAAUUUUCUUCUUCCUCCGAUUUUCAGCAUAGCAGAGGUGAUGGAUAUUGCUCUAUUCUCCCCAUCUUCGCUUUUCGCCGACGAGGAUGUCAGCUCAGAUGAUGAACAAACGACGAAGACCGACCAGAGCUACGUGCAGAGAAGGCACCAAUUCCCUGAAUUUGAGUUGCUUAUUCGAGAAUUUUCUUUUCACCAGCUGAAUGCUAAUUUACUUUGGCCAGGGACAUUUGCAUUUGCAGAGUGGUUAGUUAAACACAGGUCAUGGAUAGAAGGAAGGCGCACCAUAGAAUUGGGCAGCGGAACUGGAGCUUUAGCCAUUUUUCUACAAAAAUCGUUUCAACUUGACAUCACAACUUCAGAUUAUGAUGAUCAGGAAAUUGAAGAUAACAUAGCUCACAAUUGCAGCGUUAAUGGAAUUGCACCCGUCCUUCAACACAUAAAGCAUUCAUGGGGGGAUACCUUUCCAACUGCUGACCCAGACUGGGACCUGGUUAUUGCUAGUGACAUUUUAUUGUAUGUGAAACAGUACUCGAACUUAAUAAAGACUCUUUCCUUUAUCCUCAAGUCUUACAAGCCAAAAGUUAAUGAAGCAGUUCCUCACACGGAUAUUGAGCAGAAUGGUGACACAUGCUUGGGGCUGCCCCAGCCAGCAUUUUUAAUGAGUUGGAGACGCAGAAUUGGAAAAGAAGACGAGUCACUCUUCUUCACUGGGUGCAAGAACGCUGGUCUCGAAGUACAACAUCUUGGAUCACGUGUGUAUUGCAUUACGUAUAGAGAAACAACUGUCAAGGAGACGGCAUAAUGUUGAUAGUUGUAGCUAGUUGAGGUAACCACCGUCCGACAUUAGAAGGAUCGGCCCCUAUCCUAUUAGCAGAGUUGCCUACCUUCAGUUCCUACUUCAAAAGCUGAUAUUUUUCUCUACUUUCUUUAGUGAUCUUCCAUACAAAUUUUGAACUCCAACAUGGAAGUGAUCACGGGAACGCUUUUGUAUGCCCUGUGUCCAUUUUAUGAAUAUAUUGAAAUAAUUAACAAUAGAAAGUUUGUUACUUUCUGUAAUUUGAUAUUCUUUCUUGGCA